AUGGGAUACGUCGCCUUGCGCCGGAUGAGGGGAUGGGUCCUCUUCCUCGUCACCUUCAACUUUCUCUUCACCAUCGGCUGGUACUCCUACAUCGGCUACCUGAUAGAGCAAAACAAAAAAUCAGGGUCCUCGGACGGUCUCCUUUGGGGCGACUGGGUCCUCAUCCUCUCGGCUAUCAUCUACCUCAUCAGCUAUAUCUACUCCCUCAGGUCGAGUCCCCGCACCGGAAAAGGCUACAAGUACAUCCGCGCCUUCCUCCUCCUCAUCCCAACCGUCGUGAUCCUUUACCUUCGACUGAAAUAUGUCGCAUUCGUUAACGAAAACAACUACAGAGGUUCAUCGCCCUUUGAGUGCACGUAUAUCGGGGAUUACAUAUGCUACCUGAGCAACACCGUCUUUUUCUGGAAUCUUAUCAUGGCGUUCUUUAUCCUCUUCGAGAUCGGAGCGACGCUCGCCUGGGGACCCUUGGAGGCGCCACAUCAGUUUGGGGGUCCCAAUGGAGGAUAUUCACAGGAUACCAAUGUUGUCAUGGUCAGUCCGCAGCCAUACUACCCUCAACAGCAGUACUACCCUAAUAUGGCGCAGCAACCUGUUUUGUUGGACCAACAGAACCCGUCUUACAAGAUCGACAACAACGUCCAACAGCCAUACCCACACUUAUACCAGCAGCCUCUACAACAACAGCAGCACCCAUACCAGCCACAACCAGCUACUCCAGGAGGAUAUAUCACACAACAGCAGCCAAUUUCUCCUGGAGGAUAUAUCUCGCAGCAACCCCCUUCUCCAGGUGGACAUGCGUCUCAGCCAUCACCAAGGGCAAGUUUUACCUCCCAGCCAUCACCAGGGGCAGGAUACAUCUCUCAGGUGGAGCAGUAUGAGUUGCUCCAGCAGCAACAGCAGCAACAACAAAUGCUUCAGCAGCAGCAGCGACAGCAGAGUUUUGCUCAGCCAGCACCUUCGACUCCUUAUGGAUAUUAA